AUGCUUGCUUUAAUGUUUAGUUUUAGGCCAGUUUAUAUUUUUCAGAUUGACGUGGACAUUGGCUCAUCAUCCGUAGCAAGGGGUGUCAUUGGUCUUGUCCUUGGAUAUAUCACAAGCAUUGUUGUCGAUCUUGCAAUCUUGAUAGAGGCAAAAGAAGAGGCAGAACUCCCAGAAUACAUCCUUGGAACUGUUCGACUAAAUCGUCUGAGGGUCAACUCUGCUGUACCUUUGGAAGUUUGA